UGCCCGAGCCUCCCGCCGGCCCCGCGGCUCCUCCUGCCCGGCGCGGGGCCCAGCCGGGGGCCAUGGACGUGACCAUGAAGAAGUUCACGGUGCGCAGGUUCUUCUCCGUCUAUCUCCGCAAGAAGUCGCGCUCCAAGAGCUCCAGUCUCAGCCGGCUGGAGGAAGAAGGCGUUGUGAAGGAAAUUGACAUCAGCCAUCAUGUGAAAGAAGGAUUUGAGAAGGCAGACCCUUCACAGUUUGAACUGCUCAAAGUUCUAGGACAGGGAUCCUACGGGAAGGUGUUCCUGGUGAGGAAGGUGAAGGGACCUGAUGCUGGGCAGCUCUACGCCAUGAAAGUUCUUAAGAAAGCGACCUUAAAAGUCCGGGACCGCGUCCGCUCCAAGAUGGAGAGGGACAUUCUGGCCGAAGUGAACCACCCAUUCAUUGUGAAGCUUCAUUACGCCUUUCAGACGGAAGGAAAGCUGUAUCUGAUCCUGGACUUCCUGCGGGGAGGGGACCUGUUCACCAGACUCUCCAAAGAGGUAAUGUUCACUGAAGAGGAUGUCAAGUUCUACUUAGCAGAACUAGCCUUGGCCUUAGACCACCUGCACGGCCUGGGGAUCAUUUACAGGGAUCUGAAGCCUGAGAACAUCCUCCUGGAUGAAGAAGGACACAUUAAGAUCACAGAUUUCGGCCUGAGCAAGGAGGCCAUCGACCAUGACAAGAGGGCGUACUCGUUCUGUGGGACCAUCGAGUACAUGGCACCCGAGGUGGUGAACCGGCGGGGCCACACGCAGAGCGCCGACUGGUGGUCCUUUGGCGUGCUCAUGUUCGAGAUGCUGACGGGCUCUCUGCCGUUCCAGGGGAAGGACCGGAAGGAAACCAUGGCGCUCAUCCUCAAAGCCAAGCUAGGGAUGCCCCAGUUCCUCAGCAUGGAAGCCCAGAGUCUGCUGAGAGCGCUCUUCAAGCGGAACCCCAGCAACCGGCUAGGUGCUGGCAUGGAUGGAGUCGAGGAAAUUAAACGGCACCCCUUCUUCGUGACCAUAGACUGGAACAAGCUGUACAGGAAGGAGAUCAAGCCGCCCUUCAAGCCAGCGGUGGGCAGGCCCGAGGACACCUUCCAUUUCGACCCCGAGUUCACAUCAAGGACGCCCACAGAUUCUCCAGGGGUGCCCCCCAGUGCCAAUGCACACCAUCUGUUUAGAGGAUUCAGUUUUGUGGCAUCGAGCCUGGUCCAGGAGCACUCGCAGCAAGACCCCCACAAGGUCACAGUUCACCCCAUCGUGCAGCAGCUGCAUGGGAACAACAUCCACUUCACCGAUGGCUAUGAGAUCAAGGAAGACAUCGGGGUGGGCUCCUACUCCGUGUGUAAGCGAUGUGUGCACAAAGCCACAGACGCAGAGUACGCUGUCAAGAUCAUCGACAAGAGUAAAAGGGACCCCUCGGAAGAGAUUGAGAUCCUCCUGAGAUACGGCCAACACCCAAACAUCAUCACUCUCAAAGACGUCUACGAUGACGGGAAGUACGUGUACCUGGUGAUGGAGCUGAUGCGUGGCGGUGAGCUCCUGGACCGCAUCCUGCGGCAGCGGUGUUUCUCGGAGCGUGAGGCCAGUGACGUGCUGUGCACCAUCACCAAGACCAUGGACUACCUGCACUCCCAGGGGGUGGUGCACCGAGACCUGAAGCCAAGUAACAUCCUCUACAUGGACGAGUCUGGAAACCCCGAGUCCAUCAGAAUCUGUGACUUUGGGUUUGCCAAGCAACUGCGAGCUGAGAACGGGCUGCUGAUGACACCCUGCUACACGGCCAACUUUGUUGCCCCCGAGGUCCUAAAACGGCAAGGCUAUGAUGCAGCAUGCGAUGUGUGGAGUCUGGGGAUCCUGUUGUACACCAUGCUGGCCGGAUUUACCCCUUUUGCAAAUGGGCCAGAUGAUACCCCUGAGGAGAUUUUGGCGAGGAUUGGCAGUGGGAAGUAUGCCCUCUCCGGAGGGAACUGGGACUCUAUAUCUGAUGCAGCAAAGGUCCUAGUGAUGUUACAGAACGAUGGUCCUUGUGUCACAGACGGACUGAGUGGGGUUACAGAAUGAUGGUCCUGGUGUCACAGAUGGACCAAGUGGUGUUACAGAACGAUGGUCCUGGUGUCACAGACAGACUGAGCAGUGGUACAGAAUGAUGGUCCUGGUGUUGCAGAUGGACCGAGCGGUGUUACGGAAUGAUGGUCCUGGUGUCGCAGAUGGUCCGAGCGGUGUUACAGAAUGAUGGUCCUGGUGUUGCAGAUGGACCAAGUGGUGUUACAGAAUGGUGGUCCUGGUGUCGCAGACAGACCAAGCAGACCCCCACCACAGAGGUGCAUGUCUGCUGUUAUAAGGUCCUUUGCAUCUGGGCUUCUUGGCCGCUCCACACCAUUUAUGACCUGCCUCAUUUCUUCUGACCAUCAGACUCUUGGUCUUUUUAGUCAGCAUCAUCAAAUUCUUCUCUAAUCAAAUAAUAAGUGAUAAUCCCAGGUACUAGAAGAAACAUCACCAACAGUCUGUUUUCUGUGUUGCUGGAAAAGGAGUCAGAAGAUCUGGGGUCCUGAUUCCAACUUCACCAUUGCUGUGUGACCUUGUCCAAUGUUGAUGGGGGAGCUGAUGGUGGAGGUGAUGGUGGAGAUGAUGAUACAGGAGAUGGCAGGGGGUGACAGUAAAGGUGGUGGUGAAGGUGAUGGCAGAGCUGAAGGGAGAGGUGAUGGUGGAAUUGGAGGCAGGGGUGAUGGCGAAGGUGAUGGCGGAGCUGAAGACAGAAGUGAUGGUGAAGGUAUGGUAGAGUUGAAGGCAGAGGUGAUGGUGGAAGUAACGAUGAAGGGGAUGGUGGAAGUGAUAGUAUAGGAGAUGACAAGGAGUGAUGACAGAGGUGGCAACACAGGUGAUACAGGAGAUGGUGCAGAUAAUGGCAAGGGUGAUGGUGGUGGUGGUGGCAGAGGUGAUGGUGGAGGUGGUGGCAGAGGUGAUGGUGGAGGUGGUGGCAGAGGUGAUGGUGGAAGAGAUGGGGAGGAUUAUGGCAGGUACACCAAGCACUUCCUUCCACACACUCUGUCUCAGAACGAGGAUAGGAGCUGUCUGAGUUAGAGUUCUCAAAGCAGAGCCUGAAACGAGGACCUGAAUACUAGUGGUCUAGCUGGAGGGUGAUCCCAGGAAGCAGGGAGUGGAGGAGCAGGGAGAAGGUAUCAAAGAAGAGGAAGGUCCAAUGUAAGGGUGUAUUAUGCAGGUCACCGUGGUGGGCAGAGGGGUCAGUGCCUCCCAGUUCACACACCGACUUCUUCUUGUCCCGUCACCCUUGUCCCUGCCACAUCCACGCAUUCCCCUCCCUAACUUCCCCUGGGCCUGUUCCCUCCUGAGCACAUCAUAGAGCCAGACCCCAGCCCUCCAAAUCUAGGCAAUGCCUGUUGAUGAGUGCUUUUAUCAGCAUCCUGCAUUUACUGUAUAAAAACGCAUUUCUUAAUGUGACUGACUGUGAGAUCUUGAGGAGGUCAAGAAAGUUCUUGCUUUCCUUUCUACACCUGAAGAUGGGAACAGUAAUACUUCCAGGAGAUAUUUGUUUCAAGAAGUUACCAAAAUUAAUGUUAUCAGAUAGUAAAAGGCAUUGGGUUUCUCUACAGAAGAAUGACAUUGUUAUAGUAUAUAGCAUUUCCACGUUCUGCUUUAUGACCAGAAAUUCAGUUGAGUAGUUCAACUUCAUGUAAUGUACACACCCUAAUUCAUUCCAUUUCAUUCCUAAAUGGAGCGAGGAUACUAAAGGAAGGAGGGUGGGUCAGUAGGCAGAACAUGGAUUCUCGUCUUGGGUCUUCCUUGGGCCAGCGAUGAAUCACUAUAGACUCCGACUUCUCCAUCUGCAAAAUGGGGGAAAUAACAUUAGCCUCUACCUCAGAGGUGGUUAUUAGUAAGAGAAGACGUAACAGGGGUGUCAAGACACUGCCUUGAAGAACAAUACAAAUGUAAAUCGCUAAAGUAGAGUGCUAUAAUUAAGUGAACGUUAGGAAUUUUUGUUACUAUUUUACAAUUAAGUAAAAAAAUUGCCUUUAUUGAACGUGAGUUUACGGAUACAGUAAAAGUAAUGAAAGCCAGAACCUGUGUAUCACAGCAACCUGUCAGAGAAGGAAAACACCAAUAUCUUCCACUAAAGUGAGUGAUAGAAAAGUGUUAAGACUGCACCCUGUCAAAGGCGGAAACCUUGCAAGACCCAGAAAAACAAGGCAGUCCCAUGGGAUUCCAGCUCUCCCAGGUUUCACCGUAUAUGUAUUGACUACAGGUUAUGGACUCUGUGGUUAGUAGUAAAUAUUUGUGAAUUGUCAUGAUAAAAAUGUAAUUACAUCAUUGUGAACUGGUUUGUAUCUGUGGAUAUUCUUUAUACCUAGAGCCCAUGAACUUGGAAAGAAUAUCAUUUUUACUAAAACAGCGUCUUAGUAGUCAACACGCAUCAUUUGGCAUUUCCACAUUUGAUUUCUCUUUAGACUUAAAAUCUUUUAUAAAAUAUAAGAAAGACUGAGGCGAAAUCCUAAGUUGGUGAUAGUUAACACUUAAAACCCAUUGGCCCUCUGGGGUCUUAAACACUAGCAAGCAGCCAUCUAAGAUGCAUCAAUUGGUCUCAGACCACCUGGAUCAAAGGAGAAUGAAGAACACUGAGGACACAAGGUAAUUACGAGGCCAAGAGACAGAAAGGGCCACAUGAACCAGAAACUACAUCAUCCUGAGACCAGAAGAACUAGAUGGUGCCUGGCUACAACCAAUGACUGACCUGACAGGGAACACAACAGAGAACCCCUGAGGGAACAAGAGAGCAGUGGGAUGCAGAACCCAAAUUCUCAUAAAAAGACCAGACUUCAUGGUCUGACUGAGACUAGAAGGACCCCGGUGGUCAUGGCCCCCAGACCUUCUGUUGGCCCAAGACAGGAACCAUUCCGGGGGCCAACUCUUCAGACAGGGAUUGGACUGGACAGUGGGUUGGAGGGGAGGGGUGAGCUUCUUGGAUCAGGUGGACACUUGAGACUAUGUUGGCAUCUCCUGCCUGGAGGGGAGAUGAGAGGGUGGAGGGGGUUAGAAGCUGGCAAAAUGGACACGAAAAGAGAGAGUGGAGGGAGAGAGCGGGCUGUCUCAUUAGGGGAGAGUAACUGGGAGUAUGUAGCAAGGUGUAUGUAAGUUUUUCUCUGAGAGACUGACUUGACUUGUAAACUUUCACUUAAAGCACGAUAAAAGUUAUUUAAAAAAAAAAAAAAACCCAUUGGCCCAAAAAUGCAAAGACCCACGUUCAGAACGAUGGUUAGGUUUGCCCUCAGGAGAGAGGAGUUUUGCCAGGAGUCUAUCGACCCAGUGACCCAUUGCGUCUCCUUCCUCUCCUCUCCUCUUUU